GAAGACAGAAAGACGAUCAACAGCAUUUGAAAUCUUCACUUUAGUCCUUAAUUCAUAUUGAUCCUGGGAAUAAUCUGCAUUUGUGCAUUUUCUGUUUAGUUCAUGAGUGCUGUUAUUUCAUGUGCACACUUAUAUACAACACACUGCAUAUAUAUACUCCUGCAAGCCAGUGUUUCCUUUAAGACCAAAGUACAAUAACAGUGUACAUAUAUCCGCAGCAGACAGAUUCCCAGGCACGUUGACUCGAGCAAGCAGUGACUCUGAAGGAGAAUAAAUAACUGUACUGUAUCUGUGCUCUGUUAACAUUCAUCAGAAACAGUUCACUCUGCUCCUUUACGCCAAAAUGUUAUCUUCUAAUCUGUCUCAUUCUGGGGGUCUUGAGAGAAAACUGCUUGAUCCGGAGUCAAAAUGAGGCCGAAAGCUGAUUGGUGGAGGAAAAGGUUUGGGAGCUCAGGCAAUUAGGCUGAUGAGCAGGAGGUCCCUACACUGAUCGUUUGUGCACAGGCCGCUCAGUUCAUUCACCAAGUGGUGGAAGAUCACUUAGUUUUCUUCAGUUUUUUUUUCUCACAGUUGUCACUGUACACAUUACUAUGGUUUUGUUUGAUAAGAAGAGGUGCUGCUCAGGUAGUGAGGCAGACUUCAGCUCCUCCAGCAGCACAGGCAGCCUGAAGACCAGGGAGAGCCUCACUUCAAGUUCAGUUGGAAAGAAAGCUCUUUCACGAAGUCGUGGCGGCCACAUCAGACCGCUCCCAGUGUUCAAACCACCCGGAAGCUUGACAGCCAAUCGUGAUGCAGAGCUGUACGCUCCCUACAGGACUCCGCCCAGAGCUGCCUCCUCAACCACCACCAACAGCAGCAGCUGCAACUCCAGCCCCACCGCCAGAAGAGCCAACCUGGGCCACUACCACUCCUGUGGAGACAACCACGGCAUCAGACCCCCGAAUCCUGAGCAGUACCUCACCCCUCUGCAGCAGAAGGAAGUGUCCAUCAGACACCUGAAGACCAACCUGAUGGAGUCUGAGAACAGAGUCCAUGACAGAGAGACAGAGAUUGAGGAGCUUAAGGGCCAGCUUGGCAGAAUGAGGGAAGACUGGAUUGAAGAGGAGUGUCACCGGGUUGAGGCUCAGCUGUCCCUCAAAGAGGCUCGCAAAGAAAUCAAACAGCUACGUCAAGUGGUGGAGACCAUGAAGAGCAGCCUGAUGGAGAAGGACAAGGGAAUACAGAAGUACUUCAUUGAUAUCAACAUUCAAAACAGGAAGCUGGAGUCUUUGCUGCAAAGCAUGGAGCUGGCCCAGAGUGGUGCCAACCUUCAAGAUGAGAACACCUUGGAUUUCAUCUGUGACAGCCCUGAGAGUGGAGGGAAGAAGAUGGAAGGGGAAGAGGAGGUAGCGUUAGGGGAGCUGGGGCACCAAGGUGAGGAGGCAAUGGCAGACAGCGGGCUGCUGGUUAACGAUGAGAUGGCGAACAGAGCGGACAUUUUGGAGCAGGUUUUCAUGUCCACAGCGGUGGACUUCAGUCAGGACUCUAUUGAAAAUCUGAGAGCUGAGGCAGAGGUUGGGCCUGGGGUGUCUACAUUGAUAGAACAGGAGCAGUUGUUUGAUGAAUCUACCGCACCUACACCAGCUCCACCAAAUGCCGUUUCAACCACAAUCGACAUCUUUUCAAUCACACCCUCCCAGCAGACCACAGAAGACAAAGGAAUCCAGACCGACACAACGCCCAUGUCUCCAGACCUGCAGUCUCUCCUGCUCCAGCUGCUGAAGUUCCACGGGUCCUCAGCAGGCAGCACAGCUCUAUCAGCCUCAAGUGGCCUUCAGGGCCUCACACACCUUCCCAAUCCCACUUCAAACACUGAUCUCCCUGACUUCACUCUUCACCCACCCAGCAUGCCCAGCCCUGCUCACCCAGAGAGUCCUGACACCUCCACCGAUUCCGGCAUGUGCUGCUCAGAGCCUGCACAGAGCCGACGGUUCAUGGAGGAGCUGGACUUUGCAGUUGACGACAAGGAACCUUGCCUGUCACCGGGACUGGACGUGGUUGGCAAACGUUACUGGAGCAACAGCUUCCUGGUGGAUCUGGUGGCAGUCGCAGCUCCUGUGUUACCCACGGUGGCCUGGCUGUACUCCCGGCAUGGUGUAGAUGGAAGUUCUCCGGUAUACAACAUCGCUGCUCUCAUCAGGGGCUGUUGUAUCAUGGGAUUGCACUCUCUUCGUCACGUCACUCACAGGCCCAAUGCGUAAUGGCUUCCAACCUGCAUGCACGCGCCUAACCUUGAAGUAAAAGCACUUAAGCAUCUUUUUCGAGAUUAUUUUUUUUACACCGGAUAUCAAUGCAGUUAUUUUGGUUCCAACACUGUUACUUUGCACUCUAAAGUUACCAAACUGGUGACAUGUAAGGGAUAAUUUAUGACAGGGGUUAUAUAUUUAUUUAUUUAUCAUAAACAUAUAUAAGCUCAUCAUCUGGGUAGAUGGUUUUGUGUUAUCAUUGUCCUGUUGUGUCCCUAGUUUUCCUUGUGUUUUGAAAAAAAAAAAGUUUUGUGUUAAGGGAUGUGAAUUUUGGAAGGUGAAAGACUGAAUGUUAGUUUGUGUUUGACAGGUUCUGAAAUUGCAACAGUUUUGAGUUAUUGUUGAAAAAUAAACCUUCAGCCAAAGCUUUAAUGUAAGUUCACUGUUAAUGAUCUGUGAAGAAUAAUUUUUACGCAUUUUCUUUCCUCCCUGGGAGUAGAGCUUUAUUCGGUACAGCCUGUGUAUUGUCCAUAGAAAUACGUUGACGCUUCAAAGCAACUGACACUUGUUAUGUGCCUGAGCUAUGUGCAAUACUGGUGGUUUACAUCAAAUGUCCUUGUAUCUUUAUUAUUAAAGCAUGAUAAUUCUA